AUGAAUGACGGUAUACUCGUCAUUUGUGGAGAAAAGGUUCCGUCGCGAAAUGUAGGCGGUGUUGGUUUUGUUGUGCACCAUCUGUCGUCCAUCUUAUCGAUUCUCACGAGAUACUGUCACCUCGUCUGGCCAUUCUUCGCCUCCGCCCUCUGCGCCAAACCAUUAGAGGAGCUGGAGGAAGUAGUCCGCAAUGAGAAGUCCUUCCACAAAUUCGUUGUCGGAGACUUCAACGCAAAACUAGAAAAGGCCACAGAAGAGGAAUGGAGGAUUGGAAGAUUUGGACUAGGGGACCGGAAUGAAAAUAGCAAUCGUCUCGCUGGGCUGUUGUCCGCCGCUCGCCUCUUUCACGGGAACUCUCUUUUCAUGAAAAAAAAUCAUCGUCGGUGGACAUGGGAUUCGCCGAAUGGCGCGACUCUGGUUCUGAUCACCGUCUCCUUCGUGCGAAAAUACGACCCAGCCACACGAUGGAAAGGAACACCUGCUAUCGGUGACUGGCACAUCGAGGAGGACCCAAACGUGGACUACGAGAUGCUGCUCAGAGGAUUAGGAGCUUGUGCUGAACGUGCCUCGAAGUCGCGCACGACAAACUUGGAUCGAAUUUCGAAGACCACCAAGGAAUUGUUAGGAAGAAGGGCUUUGAGGCUUGAUCCGAAAGCAUCGCACAUUGAGAAGAAGAUUCUAGAAACAGCACAAAGAAGAACGAGUCUAAAGAAGUGCCGCAGGGAUCUCCGCGAAUAUAAUAUUCCGCUAGCAGCCUUGCUGAGUGAAGACGGGACUCGCACGUCUUCUCGUCGUGAGAUGGAAAUCAUUACGGAGAGGUUCUACUCGAACCUUUUCUGUCCAUCAAAUCCUGUGUCAAGCCCAAUCAUCCCCACUGGCGAAGCUCCACCACGGAUUCUCCCUUCGGAAGUACGAGUCGCUAUCAAGAGCAUGAAACCUGGCACAGCCCCCGGACCUGAUUUUAUAUCAGCACACUUUCUUCGGGCUGGUGGCCAUCCGCUUCAUGUAAUCUUAGCAGCGCACAUGACAUCCUAUCUUCAGAAAGAAAGGAUCCCAGGCCAGUGGAAGACCUCGCGAACCGUUCUUAUCCAUAAGAAAGGUGACCGAGAGGCCCUUCGGAGCUACCGUCCGAUAUGCUUGCUGAGCGUGUUAUACAAAGUAUUCACCAAGAUCAUCCUCACACGCAUAUCUAGGACGCUGGAUGAAGCCCAGCCUCAAGAACAAGCUGGAUUCCGCCAAGGGUUCACCUGCUUGGACCACAUCCAGACCGUGUCGAGGGUCAUAGAGGUUUGCCGGGAAUACCGCCUGCCCCUUGUUCUAACCUUCGUCGACUAUGAGAAAGCCUUCGACAGCAAAGAACGAAUGCAAUACUGUCAGCGCUGGUCGAUCAAGGCGUGGACGCGUCGUAUUUGA